AUGCACAUCAAGGACCCUGCAAUUUCGAUCGACUCUGUCGUCGUAGUUAUUGGGGCGAAUGGCUUUAUUGGUGUAGAGACGUGCGAGAAGCUACUACAAGCUGGAUACAAGGUACGCGGCACUGUUAGGAAUAUUGAAAAACACUCAACAUGGAUGCACAAACUCUUUGAUGAGAAGUGGCCCGGAAAGUUUGAGUUGGUUGAAGUGGCCGAGUUUGAGAAAACAGGCACCUUUGAUGCAGCUUUCAAAGGCGCUGCGGGAGUCAUUUAUGUAUCCACACCAGUACUCUUCGAUCCUGAUCCCUCAAAAGUCGUGGGCUCUAAUAUCAGGAGUACCAUCAAUACACUGGAGGCGGCAGCAAAAGCAGGCGUGCAGCGCUAUGUACUGAGCUCGAGCAGCAAGGCUGUCGAGACGACUCUUUAUAAUGACCGGCGACAUAACAUCACGACCAAAAUGUACAACUGGGAGGCCGUGCAGAAGACCUGUUGUGGGCCGAGAGACGAUGGCUUUGGCGGGAUGUUGGAUGUCUACAGUGCUGGCCGGACCCUUGCAGAGCUGAGCUUCUGGUCCUGGGUAGAGGAAAACAACCCUCCGUUUGUAGCCAAUUGUGUUGUCCCGGAUGGAAACUUUGGUCGUGGGCUGAACGGCUCGAGUUCGACAAACGAACUUCUCAAAACAGUCCUCACUGGUGAAUGGGAGGCCGUUCCCAUGCCUCUAGCCUUCUUGAUCGAUGUCGAGGAUACAGCCCGGCUUCUGGUUGCUGCAAUGGCGAAGUCUUCAAUCGAUAAGGAGCGCGUAUUUGCCUAUCAUGAUCGCUGCACUUGGAACGAUCUUCGUCAACAAGUCCGAAAAAUUACACCGGACCUCGUGAAGGGCGAGGACCAGAAGCUUGAGGGGAAAUAUCUUGCCGAAGCGGACGAUGCUAUCCAAAGAGCAGAGAAGAUCCUCCAAGACAUCGGGCAACCAGGCUUUGUUAGCGUAGAGGUUAUGUUGAGGAACUUCCUCGACACUUGCUACUAG